AUGAUUCGACAAGAUGCUCAUCGGAUAGACUCAAAACGUCGGGCUAUUAUCGAUCCCAAGAAGAGACAAUUUGCCACGCCAAUCUACAAGCAACAGGACUACCCGCAUCGUCUGAACCUUUACGAUACGCCGCCUACUGCUGAGAUCACGCUUGAACAAUUUGAGCAAUGGGCUAUUGACCGGUUGAAGGUCCUCGCCGAGAUUGAGGCAUGCUCCUACCGCAACAAAACCCCCGCGGAAACCGAGACGCACAUCACCCCCCUUCUCAACAAAUACCUACCUCUCGCCUCCAACACCUCGGCUUCCAAUGGUACUGUGGACCAGCGUUUGAAAAAUGAGCGCCAAAAGGACCACUAUUCCCACUUUAUCCUUCGGUUAGCAUUCUCCGGUACUGAAGACCUUCGCCGACGAUUCGCACGCGCUGAGACAAUGCUCUUCCGAUUCCGCUUCCAGCGGGAUGAUUCACGAGAACGACGAGCAUUCAUUGAUAGCUUGAAUCUGGACUGGGAACCCGUCAGUGAGGAAGAGCGUAACGCGUUGGCCGACAGUCUACUCAGCUCGACACCAGGAGUGCGUCGACUAGAUGAGGAGACAUGGUAUAAAGUAGAUUGGGAAAAAGUUCCUGAGCUGGUGGAACGACGUGCAGUGCUCCUGAAGAAGGGUAAAGCUUAUGUCCCGGGGAGAGAACAGCUUGCCAUGAUCAUGGCCGAGUUUACUGCUCGCCUGGAACGGUCACUUGAGCUUACAAACCGAGCCCUUCCCCAAAUCGAUGAGGACGAUCGUCUGACCCCCAUCUUGAACCACCUUUCCAAAAACUUCGGUAGUGCCGACUCGACGUUCACCGAAGGCGAGGGACAUGUCGACGGGGCAGCAAUCACAGCCAGCUCCAUUGACCAACUCUCUCAGCAUUUCCCACUGUGCAUGCGAAGCUUGCAUAUUAAUCUACGCAAGAACAACCACCUGAAGCACUUUGGGCGACUCCAGUAUACCCUCUUCCUCAAGGGUAUUGGUCUCUCGUUGGAAGAGUGUAUUUUGUUCUGGCGUCAGUCCUUCCGGGGAAAGACUGAUGACGAGUUCAACUCGCAAUAUAAGUACAAUAUCCGCCACGCCUACGGUGAUGUUGGUGGUGAUGCCCGUCGGGGUCGUGGAUACCCACCCUAUUCAUGCCAAAAAGUCCUUGGUGAUAACAACGUCGGAAUUGGACAAUCGCACGGGUGCCCGUACCGGCAUUAUUCCGUCGAUAACUUGGUUGGACUGCUUCAGUCAACGGGCGUUAGUGAUAAGGGUAUUUUGCGUGAGGUACGAGAGGACGUGGGCAAACAACGAUAUCACAUCGCCUGCAAUCGCGUCUUCGAAUUUUCGCACAAGAACGAGAUCAAAAAGGUCAAGGAGGAUGGCACAUGGAGUCAAGCCGAUCUGGACACCAUUGUGCAUCCCAAUGUUUAUUUCAAGCGCAGCUACUUGUUGAAGCAGCUGGCCAAGGCACCAGGUCGAGACUAA